AUGUCUGCCACACAUGUCUUCGAGUCUGGCUUCAGAAACUUGGAAUCACACCUCCUCGAGAACCUCAUCCGGGCGCAUCUUGAACGCGCCUUGGAAGACUUGGACCAAAGGUCACCGCCCCAACCGUUCUCGUCGUCAAAUUCCCGUGACCUGCUCAUAGAGAUGGGCGAUUACUUUUCUCGCACUGCCGUGAUGUGGGGCUACUUGACCGAUAACCUCUUGAAUGCUCCUAAUCUAGCCCAAGCCGCGAUCAAGGCCCACGAGCGUUCUCGCACAGACAGUGGCAUGUCAGAUCUUUCCGAGAUUGCCCAGAUUGAUCUUGACACCACUCGUCUUCGGUACGCCCACUCACUUGAAUUCCGAACAUCAUGCCUCUCCUACAAACACUCGCCGUCACGUGUGCUAAUUUGUCAUGGUUCCCAUCACAGCAAGAUUAGAGACUUGGGCCUUGAGUUCUCGCGCCAAGUCCAGGCGACCUGGAGGCCGCAGUCUCCCCUUGCCAACGUGCCUCCGGGAAUUCCGGUGCCCUCCAUCUCGCCAUACUGUGAAACGAAGUCGCCCAUGUCCAGCAAGUCCCUGUCGAUGGUGAGGGACGGCGAACGGCGGGCAGUCAAGGCGCGCAAACUAUUGCCCGACAGAAAUUCGCAGGCUCAUGUCAAUGUGGCGCAAAAAUCACCCGAUUCUGAUGACAGCGAGGACGACAUGUUUCCCCACAUUAACAUGGAAGCACUGAGACAGAGAGGAAAAGGCAGCUACUCCUGCCCAAAGUCCUACCAGUGCAGGAAAGGGGGGGUCGACAGGGACGGCAACCUCGUCAUCUUCGACCGUAACUCAUCAUUUGCGUACGUGGUCACUGCCGUCCCGUUGGAGAAUCGUGCCCUGCGAGGAAUCGCAUCCGCACGCCGGACCCCAAUGUCGGGGAUCGAAGCAUGA